AGGCGCCCAACCCAUUAUGGUUGGUGGGCCUCUGUGACCCGCGUUAUAUAAAUGACGGUGGAGGUGUCGGGCACGAACUACAAGAUUCGUCGUCGUCACACCCCUACCGACAUACCUAUCCGAUCUAGGUUAAGCACGGUGUUUACGGGAAGCUUCACCCACGCCUAACCUCCUUUCUCCAUCACCGUCGUCGCCACCAGACCGAUGAAGAACGGUGCGGGCUCAUCCGGCUCCGGACAAGGUGGUUUUCAUCUGAUGAGCUGCCUCAAGGAUGUUCCCACGCUUAGAGGGAAUAAUUACUCUGAGUGGAGAAAGAAGGUUGAUAUGGCUUUGUGCAUUACUGAGGUGGACUGGGUUCUGGAGGAACCACAACCAGUUGCACCAACAGAACCAGUCAGAGAUGCUGACGAGGAUGAUGAAAGCUGGGAGAAAAAGCAAUGGGAUUGUGGCAAAGAGGACAUGUCCUACUCUAUACGUAAUAGGUUAUGGAUAAAUGCCAACAAGAAAUGUUUGGCGUUUAUUAAGAACACUAUUGAGACCACUAUCUUGGGCUCGGUAGCAGAGUGCCCUACCGCAAAGGAGAUGCUCAACAAGAUAAAGAGUCAGUUUAGUGGCUCUUCUAAGACCUAUGCCACCCACUUGAUCAAACAACUGGUGACAGAGAGCUAUAAUGGAGGUGGGCAUGGCAUAAGGGAGCACAUCCUCAGGAUGAGCAACACCGCAGCCAAGCUUAAGCCGAUGGACGCGGACUUGGAGAUUAAGCCAACUCUCCUCGUCCACCUGGUCAUGGCUUCGUUGCCUAAGGAGUUCGAGACCUUUGUAGUCAACUACAACAUGCAGCCCGAGACUUGGGAUAUUGAAAAGGUCAUCGCAAUGUGCUCACAAGAGGAGGAGAGGAUUAAGGCUUCACAUGGUGUCUCCCUUAACUAUGUGAAGGAAAAGAAAAAGGUUUUCCCACCUAAUCUGAAUUCUCCCUCCAACCACAGAACAAGCUCCAAGGCAAGGCUCCCGUCUAUUAUCAGCCAAAGCCAAUAACAGUAGACAAGGACACUUGUAUGUACUACAAGAAAACCGGGCACUACAAGAAGGACUGUGCUGCCUGGCUAAAGGUCUUCAUGGCAAAGAGAAGUAACUUUAUUGUUUCCUUAGUAAAUGAAUCUCUGUAUGUAAAGUUUUCAAAAUCUACUUAGUGGAUUCACUCAGGUGCAACUGUUCAUGUUGCAAACUCUUUACAGGGUUUCAGUUCGACGAGGAUCAUGUGCCAAAACGAAAGAAGUAUUGAAGUCGCGAAUGGUGUCCAAGCAGAAGUUGAAGCUGUAGGUGACGUCUCCUUGGAGCUAACCGAAGGAUUCACGCUUCUGCUUAGUGAUGUUCUUUUUGUGCCUUCAUGUAAUAGGAACUUAAUAAGUGUGUCGUGCUUAGACAAAGACAAUUAUCAAU